AUGAACAAUUUACGACCUUUCAAAGACGUCAAUAUUAUUACUAAUGAUAAAAUUAAUCCAUUGAGUUCUAUGGUAGUGUCUACUUCGAUCUGUGAUAAUUUAAACGACGAAUCGAACGAUUCAGAAGGACGAACCUACCACAAUUUGACUAAUGCAACCCAUACUUUACAAUCAGAUUCAUAUUCUAAAUACUCCACUGCUUGCCAACUUGAAACUCCAACUCAUGUAACUACUUCGUUGGGUAACAUAAACCAGAAUUGUCACAACAACGAAAUUUUAUUAAUUGAUACACCAAGUGGCUCAUUAUAUCAAAAUUAUCAGAGUCCAAGUAAUUCAUCUGAAUUAAUUAGGAACGAAGGUUCACAAAAUCCUCGACUCAACAAUUAUGUUUACCAUGUGUUAAUAGAAAGUGGUGAAGGCGUAUUCCAAAUAGCAGCAUAUGAUUUUGAACAGAAUAAGGAAAAUAAGAAGCGUUUAUUAGAAUGUAAAAAGGAAACAUACUUUUCGAUUCACAAAAUCGCAAAGUUAAUAAUAUUUCACGAAGUUCGUCGCACAAGAUCUUAUUCGAUAACUUCUGAAAGAUUCGGAAAUUUAGCUUCAAGUGCAGCACAACUGUUUCCUACCUAUUUACAAGAAAGUUUCUAUUCUCCCGCUGAUAAGAAUUCUGGCCCUCAUGGAGCAUUUCAAAGUUUUUAUGCCAAAUUACGAGAAAAGGCGAUUGCAAUAGAUAUUGUGAAAAAAUCGGGAAAUCGUAAAAGAAAAAGAAAUGAAGAUCAAUGUUCGUCUGAACAAUUCAACGAACUAAAAACACCCGUGAACAUUAUUGAUGACGAUUAUAUGAAAAUUUGGAUCUCGACUGACAAAGAGGAAAAAAUUGCAUUCUUUAGUAAAUCAGAUUACAAUACUAUUUUCCAACAACUUCCCGCUUUACAACAUCCACUGGGCUAUACAUUAAUUCAGGCAGACUUCUCCAUUUUUUUUGAAAAAAAUAAUAAUAUAUUCAAAGACAACUGGCCCUCUGUUGCUCAGCAAAUCAUUAAAGUUGCAAAACUUAAAAAGACUGACAAGGACAUUAGGGCUAUUUUUCAAAAAUACAACAGUGUGACUAGUGCUGAUGACAACGUUUUGGCAUUAAUAUUGUUGCCAUUCUUAUUUAAAAAAAUCACCAAACUUACAUGUCGAUCAAAAACAGGAAAGUCCUGGAAUCCAGAAAAAGCAGAAGUGUUAAGUACAUUUAUUUAUCACGUGAAGGAAACAGAUAAUAUUGGAAAUUCUCUAAAAGAAGUAUCCACUAAAUUAGAAAAACUGCAUAGUGAUCAUAAAUUGACUGUAGAGCCAUAUGUUGUAAUUCAUGGCCCGAGUCUCAGCGAAAUAUCAUCCGCGUAUGUGGUUAUUGGAAAACAUACGUAUCAAGUAACAAAUACAUUAGAAGCUUUGAAUUUGUGCUUUCAAUCAGUUAAAGUGUUUAAAAAAUCUUUCUCUAAUGUGUGUAAUCACCUAUGGCAGUUUUUGGAGAGAUAUGUAUAUAAAUUUGAAGUUGCAAACUUGUAUGGAGCAGUAAGCCAAGUGAUAGAUAAACUUAAACAAGUUUAAUAAUA